CAUGUAGAUUAUACAGUAUAAUAUUAACCUUCCCCUCUUCAAAUCUUGCACGCUAACUCAAACCAGUCCAUUCAUAACCACAAAAUCUUACACGCAUAAAAAUGUGUCCAUGCAUGAUAUGAUAUGAUAUGAUAUGACGCACUAUAUACAGUAAUGGUGAAGUGAACGGUUGCAACUGAAGCCUACAUAGUAUAGAUAUCUUCCUCUUCUUUCGGAUAUCAAAUUGUUGUUACUGGGACUCAAAACCUAACCAUAUGUGAUAUAUACCCAAAUUCCCCAAACCAACCGACCUACAAUUCAAACGUCAUCAGGAGUCAACCCAAAGGCAUAGCUGUAGUACAAUCUAAGAAACGAAUAUAUAUAUAUAUAUAUAUAUAUAUAUAUAUAUAUAUAUAUAUAUAUUCUGUUGAGUUCACGAGCCACUUUUGAUUUGGUUUGAUUUUGAGCGAAAAAUAUGGAAUUAGAAUCUUCUUCAUCGAAGGUGAAUGGGAAAUCAAUGAGCCCUCCUUCAUCUUCGAAACGCAUGAGCAGAACAAAAAUAUGCUUGUUGGUGACUUUCGCCGUUAUAUUGGCGGUGGUUCUGCUCAUGGUGAUUUUGGGCCUCACCGUCUUCAAGCCCAAACGUCCCGUCACCACCGUUAACUCCGUCUCUCUCAAAGAUGUGGACUUCUCUCUGGACGUCCUCAACGGCCCCAGAGUACACAUCAACGUCACCGUCGAUGUCAAUCUCUCCGUUAAAAACCCUAACAAGGUCGGGUUCAAGUACACCAACAGCUCCGCUUUCUUGAAAUACAGAGGCGAAAUCGUCGGAGAAGCGCCGAUCCCCGCGGGGGAGAUAUCCUCCGACCAAACACGCCCUAUGAAUAUGUCUCUCACCGUGUUGGCGGAUCGAUUGCUCACCAAUUCGAAUGCCUACUCCGAUGUCCUCUCCGGUACGUUGCCUCUCACCACCUACACUCGAAUUCCGGGCAAAGUUCGUAUCUUGAAUUUCAUCAAAAUUCAUGUUGUUUCGUAUACCACCUGCGAUUUGACCAUUAAUGUUUUGAGUAGAACUGUUGCCGAUCAAACUUGUCACUAUAAAACCAAAUUAUAAAUCAGAGACACACGGAGAGAGUUAGAGAGGAGAAAAUCCUCUCCGGUGACCGGUGUAGUCGGGGAUGCGCCGGAGAGGAUUUGGGUUAGAGAGAUAGGGAGAGAAAGAGAUCGGUUUGUUUGUAGGGUAGCGAGUCGUUGUCACAUCGGAUGCCGACUUAUUUAAGAUUGAUUAUAGAAAUACGGUACAGUAUCUGUGUACUUGUCUCUUUUUUCAGUAUGUUACUGAUCUUUUAUUUCAUAUGUGGCAAUAAUAAUACCAUGGUUGUUUUGGAUGUA